UCCUCUGAUAGGAGGAGUUUCUUGGCCAAUGACAGGGCCCGAAAAGGAGAAGACCUUUUGGCGGCGACGGGAAAGGAGAUGCUGUUUACCCAGAAGGCAAUGCGCGCGUGCGAGGGAAAGGUUGAAGGGGCGUCGUGUCCGCGGAGGGCUUCAUGGAGGCGGGAGAGGUCUCGGGUAUGCAGUCUACUAAAGUGAUCAAGCCUUUAGACCGUAAAUCGGUUCACCAGAUCUGUGCUGGGCAGGUGGUGCUGAGUUUGUCUACUGCGGUGAAAGAGCUGGUGGAAAACAGCAUAGAUGCUGGUGCUACCAGUAUUGAAGUGAAGCUUAAAGAAUAUGGGGCAGAUCUUAUUGAAGUUUCUGAUAAUGGCUGUGGUGUAGAAGAAGAAAACUUUGCAGGCUUGACUCUGAAGUAUUAUACUUCCAAAAUACAAGACUUCUCUGAUCUCACACGUGUUGAAACAUUUGGCUUUCGAGGUGAAGCGCUCAGCUCUCUGUGUGCAUUAAGUGAUGUUUCUAUUUUGACUUGCCACAAGUCUGUGAAGGUUGGAACACGUCUUGUGUUUGAUCACAAUGGGAAAAUCACUUCAAGAACCCCUUAUCCUCGACAGCAGGGGACGACUGUCACUGUGCAGCAGUUGUUCUAUAACCUGCCAGUACGGCAUAAGGAGUUUCAGCGUAACAUCAAAAAGGAGUAUGCGAAAAUGGUUCAGGUGCUGCAAGCGUACUGUAUCAUUUUGACAGGUGUUCGAAUUAAGUGUACCAAUCAGGUUGGCCAAGGCAAGAAGCAGCUUGUGGUGGGCACCAGCGGGAGCCUCUCCUUGAAGGAUAAUAUUGGGUCAAUAUUUGGACAAAAACAGCUGCAAAGCUUGAUUCCUUUUGUCCAGCUGCCUCCUUGUGACACCGUCUGUGAAGAGUACAGCUUGACUUCUGCUGAUAGGCUAACCAAUCCUUAUAUUAUCACAGGCUUUGUUUCCCGUUGUGAUUAUGGUGUCGGGAGGAGUACGACAGACAGGCAAUUCUUCUUUAUUAACCAGAGGCCAUGUGACCCAACAAAAGUUUCCAAAGUUGUGAACGAAGUGUACCACAUGUACAAUAGACACCAGUAUCCCUUUAUUGUUCUCAACAUAUGUACAGAUUCCGGAAGUGUUGACAUCAAUGUGACACCUGACAAAAGGCAAAUAAUGCUGCAGGAAGAAAAAUUUCUGUUGGCAGUUCUGAAAACUUCUUUAAUGGGGAUGUUUGGCAGUGAUGUUAACAAGCUUGUCAUCAGUCAGAAGCUGCCAGAUGCCAAAGGAAACUUUAAGCCAGGACUUCAAGAUGAGAUGGAAAUGCCUUGCUUGGAAAUGCCUAGUUCCUCAUCCCCAAAUCCAAAAAGUGCAAUGACUUUAGCUAAGCUUAGAGAGUCUUUCUGUCUCCGUCAAGAGACAGAGACUAGAGUUAAGAGUUUUGAAAAUACCAAGCAGCAGUGCAGUUCCCCAGAACAGAGAAAACUACUGACAUUUUUUGGAGUUUUGGGAUCUCCAAAUAAGGAGACUGGUUCUGGGAAGAAAUCUUCACGUGGAACUCAUACAGAUUCAAACAAGUCCCCGCUUCCUGAUGGAAAUGUUACGAAAUUAGCAGGAGAGAUGGACUCUGGAUGCAGUAGUACUUCUGCAGAAUCUGAUGUGGGUUUGAGCACUCCCGAGCUCGGUCAUUGCUUUAGUAGUGAAAAUGCAAUCAGUUCCCUUGAUGAAAAAUCUCAUGUUUCCAAAGUAGAUCUUCAAAAGGAAGUUCUUGAAACUAAGGGACAAACACAGAGUUCAGAAUGUGAUUUAAACCAAAGCAAAAAGCAUGAAUUAGCCCUGGAGGUCACCUCUUCUUCCCCAGAUGUGAAGCGUCGGAAGAUCACUCCACCUCUGUUUAGGGUAGGAAGUUCACCAGAGAGGAAUGAUGCUCAGAACUGUGCUGUUUUGUCACAGUAUGAUGAACCUCUGGAAGUGGAAAAGAAAAUCACAAUGCUGGAGUUUUCCAUGAGUUUGUUGACGGACGGGGUGAAAAAACUAAUCCAGCAACAACAGGAGAAGGCUGAAGUGAUGAAUUACAGGAAAUUCAGAGCAAAAAUUAGCCCUGGGGAAAAUAAAUCGGCAGAGAAUGAAUUAAGAAAAGAAAUAAGUAAAGAGAUGUUUGCCAAAAUGGACAUCAUCGGUCAAUUCAACUUAGGAUUUAUAAUAACUAAAUUGAACUCUGACCUCUUCAUCAUUGACCAGCAUGCUUCAGACGAAAAGUACAACUUUGAGAUGUUGCAGCAGCAUACCUUUCUACAAGGACAAAAACUGAUUGCACCUCAGAACCUUAAUUUAACUGCUGUCAAUGAGAAUGUGUUGAUGGAAAAUCUGGAGAUCUUUAGAAAAAAUGGGUUUGAUUUUGUCAUUGAUGAAGGAGCACCUGUAACUCAAAGAGUGAAGCUUAUUUCAUUGCCGACAAGCAAAAACUGGACUUUUGGCCCACAAGAUAUAGAGGAACUGAUUUUCAUGCUGAGCGAUUGCCCUGGGGUGAUGUGCAGGCCUUCUCGAGUGAGGCAGAUGUUUGCUUCUCGAGCAUGUAGAAAGUCAAUCAUGAUUGGAACAGCACUGAAUAUAAAGGAGAUGAAGAAAGUGGUCACCCACAUGGGUGAGAUUGAGCACCCUUGGAACUGUCCACAUGGAAGGCCAACCAUAAGGCAUAUAGCCAACCUAGAUCUUCUUUCACAAGAAUAGCAAGCCUUUAUCUGCCUUUAAAAACAUUUAUUUCAUUGUGACUAAUUUUGGAAUUCCCAUUGAUCAUGAUUGUUUCCCCAAGGCUAAAGCUUAACCCUCCAUUUUGUGUAGCUAAUUUUAUUUUUUUAAGAUGCUUUAUUUUAAAGGCAGCCAUAUCUUGCAAUGGGUAUGCAGUUGUAUGUGUGAAAGAUCAAUGUUCUGUUCCCUUAUCCUCUCAGCAGUGUGCCAGCAUAAUCACGGGAUUUUCAGACCCAUGUCUGUGUGGCUCAGGGUCCCCAGUCUAGCUCAAAGUCUUAUCCCUUGCAUUAGGGUAAAAGAGCUUUUAUCCAAGUCUGUCUGCAAGAGUAUGAUCCUAUGCUUCUCUUUGUGGCCAGAAGAUCUGGAAAUGCUCAUUUUGCUGGGUCCAGCACCAGCUCAAUCUAUAUUGCAGCAUUGUGUGAAAAUUUAAUUUUACUUCCUUCAUUUUGUAUUAUCUUGUACUAAGAAUGUUGGGUGGAUGAGGGGCUGUGAGUCUUCUUCCCCAUUCCACUUCCUUUUCCUCUUUGUAAGUGCUGUGAGGAAAAGGGGCUGAGGCUGGAAAUAUGGGGGCAGGGAGUGAGAAGAAAUAUGCAGCUCUAUCCCAAAAUUCUGGGACAGGGGGACACCGUUGUACUCCGCUGUUGAAGGCUUUCUAGGAUCAUCCUCUUGAAUUCUUACGAACUCAAACCUGUUGAGCAUGUCCCAACUGUAAAGGACAGAUCCAUUUGUCUUCUAGACAGGAGCAGGUUCUUUGUAUUAGAUAACAAGAUGUAAAUCGUCUCCUAUCAAAUCUUGUGUAUGUGGGUGGUGUUUUUAGUUUCAUUAAAAAUAUUUUUUUUACAUGGAA